AUGUCUGUUGCUGCUUGUGCAAUGGCUCUUUCCCCUCGGUCUGCCAUCCAUGAGGAUGAGCUUGACCGCUACGACGCUUUUCUGGACAAUCUGCAGGAUACUCACUUCAUGGACAUGUACCUCGAGAACAGCCGAGUGAAGAUUGACGUCUACGAUCACCCGUCCAACGAACUUGCACUUUCCGAAUCGUUCACCCCAAGUGACACUGCAAACCAAUACUUUGACCAGGAGAAUCAGCGCGCUGAAGAGGCAUUGCAGCCAGCAACUCCCUCGAACGACUCCGUGCACGACCCGACGUUGGAAAAGGAAUUGGCCGUCUGCCCACGCGGUGAAAGCUUAUUGAAUAGGGACGCAUCCGUUCUCGAGAAGCGCGUCUCUCGGUGCUACCAGUUCUGUGGAACGAUUGCCAACUGCCGUGGAAACAAUGGGUGUCCUCACUGCUAUGCUGUUCGACAAGGGUGUCUGUGGCAGAAAUGGUGCCGUUAG